AAAAAUCCGUAAAAAUGAUAUAAGCACAGCAUAUAUAAGAGUAGCUUAUAUAAUAUUUUUAGGCUUUGAAGCACAUCUAUGUGCUAGAAUUAUUUUCAAUAUGUUCCGCAAUUUAGUUCAAGAAUGUAAAGAGGAUUACCAUGAAUAUUGCGUGGGAGACUUUGAUCCUGAUGACAUUGUCAUCAGUGGUAUGGCAGGCCGGUUUCCUUGCUGUGAUAAUAUAAAGGAACUCAAAGAAGGCCUUUAUUCUGGAAAAGAACUUUUACUUUGUGACAAUGAAAGAAUUCCAAUUGGUCCAUAUGAGAAUAAAAUUGGAGGAACAGGAUGUAUUAAAAACGUAGAUAAAUUCGAAGUUGAUUUCUUCAGUAUGGCACACAAUUUAAUCAAUUCUAUGGAUCCGGGGAGUAGAAAAUUGAUGGAAGUAAGUUAUGAGGCAAUCGCAGAUGCUGGAUAUGAUCUUCCAAGUGUUAGUGGUGCAAAUAUUGGAGUAUAUGGGGCGAAUGUUAAUAACGAUUCAUUUUAUAUGGCUUUCAAAACAGAUUUGGAUUUGGAAAAAUAUAGUUAUAACAGAUUUUUAAAUUCCAACCGCAUAUCCUAUUUCUUCAAUUUGCUAGGUCCAAGUGCAGUAGAAGACACAGGUUGCUCUUCCUCCUUAUCCGCAUUUUAUUCAGCCUAUAAGGCAUUACAAAGAGGAGAAAUCGAUGGAGCAAUUGUUAACAGUUCCCAAGUUAACUUAUGUCCAGAAAUAAUUUUUCUUAUGAAUAAGAAUGGUAUACUUUCUCCUACGUGUACUUGUAAGCCCUUUGAUGAGAGAGCUAAUGGGAUUGUUAGAAGUGAUGCAGUUGUUGCUAUUUUUUUGCAAAAAGCUUGUACAGCUAGACGAGCUUAUGCAUCUGUUCUUUCCUCUGCAUUUUUUACAUCUGGUUUUGUGCAAGAAGGAUUAGGUGCGCCCUCUCAUAAAAUGCAAGAAUAUCUCAACAGGCACGCAUUGCAAUCAGCUAGAUUACAUCCCGAUCAAGUUAAUUACAUUGAAGCACAUGGCACGGGUACAGCAGUAGGGGAUCGUAUAGAGCUUACAGCUAUAGAAAGUGUUUACUGUACGAGUACCAGAAAAAAACCCAUUUAUGUCGGCUCGGUGAAAAGUAAUAUCGGCCACACUGAAGCAUCCUCUGGUCUUUGUGGAGUGAUAAAAGCAAUUUUAGCAAUGGAAGAGGGGAAUAUUGCUCCAAAUUAUGAUUUCAAGAAACCCAACCAAAAUGUAAAACCACUACUUAACGGAACCAUGAAAGUGGUAGCAGAAGUUACGCCACUUACGUCCCCUUAUAUUGUAAUAAAUUCGUUUGGACUUGGAGGAACGAUUUCACAAACUAUUUUGAAGCAAAACAGUAAAACAUAUCCAACCAAAUAUAUUUCAAGAUCCCGAAUUCCACGAAUAGCACUCAUUUCGGGAACUUGUGAAAGUUCUGUACAAUACUUGGUUGAUUACAUCAAAGACAAUGCAGCCUUGCCAGAUGAGUUUUUCUCUCUCUUGAAUAAGAUAUCUUUUUGUCACCCACAUCUUAAGCCUUACAGGCAUUUUGAGUCAAAGUGAAACAUCAAGCAUUAAAGUAAGUGACCAGUUUGGUCAGAUCAAUAGCUCACACACAAUUGGACUGUAUUAAUUUUAUACUCAUUUAUUUUGUACCAGCAUUACAGACUCGCUCGUGAGCCCGUUACACAUUAGACAUACACUGCUGCUUCCAGCACUCAAUUCUGCAAUUAAAUUCAAUUUACGCUUACAGCGCCAUCUAUAUGUUUUAUGGGAAAUAACACUCCCCACGAUUGAAAUUGCAAUAAAUUUCACACAAUCAGCAAUAUAAUGUUAUACAGAGAAAAAAAAAUAUAUAUGAAUCAUACAAAUAACAUUGUGACAUAAAGCAGACAUUGAGAUAUAAGACUAAAGCUAAUUUUCUAUUUGCACAAUUACUCUAUGGGAAGAAUACAAAUGUCACGAAUAUUUCUUUGAAGUUGUUUGCCAUUAGGUAAACUUAACUUCACUACUCUUAUUUUUGUGUCAC